AGAGUUGCUGUAGUCACGUACGAUGAAAUGGUUAGAACGACAGCGUUUACGUCCUGUUUGUGACAUUGGGGUGGGGAUCGGAUGAGCAGGCGCAGCUGGCUGCGUGUCUCUCAGCAGCUGAACCGUACUUCAGUCUUCAGAUACUAACCUGAUGAUUCGUUGGAGGAGAAUGCGAAACCCGAGUUUCGCUGUACACGGACUACUCAGAAAUAUACAGGGACCUUGUCACGGGCCCAUGCUUACUCGCAUAUCUAACAAUGGGUCUGUCCCUUCCUGUUCUUUUACCACAGGUUUGAGACCUAAGAGUUCUUAUCGGGACACUGACUUAUAUUCAUUAAACAAAAAGAUCUCCCAUUUGAUCAGGACUGGUCGGAUUUUUGAAGCGAGAGCCCUGUUUGAUAGUACGAAGAACCGAAAUACUGUUACGUGGAAUUCAAUGAUAAGUGGGUAUGUUCAACGAAGAGAGAUGGGUAAGGCACGUAAGCUGUUUAAUGAAUUGCCUGAAAGAGAUAUUGUAUCGUGGAAUUUGAUGAUUUCAGGUUAUAUUUCAUGUCGUGGAAGUGGGUAUAUUGAGGAGGGGAGGAAAUUGUUUGAUAACAUGCCAGAGAGAGAUUGCGUUUCGUGGAACACUAUGAUCAGUGGUUAUGCAAAGAAUGGCAAGAUGGAUGAGGCGUUACAGCUUUUUACUAGUAUGCCUAAGCGUAAUGUCAUUUCUUGGAAUGCUAUGAUUACUGGGUUUUUACGUAAUGGUAAUGUGGUGCGUGCUAUUGAGUUUUUUGAGAGAAUGCCAGAACGGGAUGCAGCUUCCCUCAGUGCACUCAUAUCGGGUCUUAUUCAGAAUGAUGAGUUGGAUAAAGCUGCAAGAGUUCUUUUUGAGUUUGGUAAUAAGGAUGAAGCCAAAGAAGACUUAGUGCAUGCAUAUAAUACUUUGAUUGCAGGCUAUGGUCAGGUAGGAAGGGUUGAAGAAGCACGACACCUUUUUGAUCAUAUUCCAUUUUAUCAUGAUCAAAGUAAAGAGGGUAAUGUGACAUUCAAGAGAAAUUUGGUAUCAUGGAAUUCUAUGAUUAUGUGCUAUGUGAAAGUGGGAGAUAUUGCUUCUGCCAGGGAACUUUUUGACCUAAUGGCAGAAAGGGAUACUUUUUCCUGGAAUACAAUGAUCUGUGGCUAUGUCCAUUCGUCUAAUAUGGAAGAGGCUUCAAAUCUCUUUGGUAAAAUGCCAAAUCCUGAUACCCUUUCAUGGAAUACAAUGAUAUCGGGGUUCAUGGAAAUUGGCAGUUUAACCCUUGCUAAUGACUUCUUCGAAAGGAUGCCCCAGAGGAACCUGGUAUCCUGGAACUCCAUGAUUGCAGGAUAUGAGAAAAAUGAGGACUACAAUGAAGCAGCUAAACUCUUCACUCAGAUGCUACUUGAAGGGGAGAAACCUGAUAGACACACUUUAUCUUCAGUUCUCAGCGUGUGUACUGGGCUAGUGGAUCUUCACCUAGGUAUGCAGAUCCAUCAGCUGGUCACAAAGACAGUUAUUCCAGAUGUGCCAAUAUAUAACUCUCUCAUUACCAUGUAUUCAAGAUGUGGGGCAAUAAAUCAGGCACGGACCAUUUUUGGCAAGAUGAAACUGCAGAAAGAUGUAAUCUCUUGGAAUGCAAUGAUUGGUGGUUACGCAUCUCAUGGUUUUUCCAAAGAGGCUCUUGAGCUCUUUGAAGUGAUGAGGAGGCUUAAAGUGCAGCCUACAUAUAUUACCUUUAUCUCAGUUUUGCAUGCAUGUGCUCAUGCAGGAUUAGUUGAAGAAGGCCGGAAACAAUUCAAAUCCAUGACUUGUGAAUUUGAUAUUGAACCACGGGUUGAACAUUUUGCUGCGCUUGUGGAUAUUGUGGGUCGGCAUGGGCAGCUUGAGGAGGCCAUGGAUUUGAUCAAUAGUAUGCCAUGUGAACCAGAUAAGGCUGUAUGGGGUGCAUUAUUAAGUGCUUGUAGGGUGCAUCAGAAUGUAGAGUUGGCCCGAGUUGCUGCUGAAGCAUUGAUGAGACUUGAACCCAAAAGUUCAGCCCCAUAUGUGUUGCUAUAUAAUAUGUAUGCUGAUGUUGGACAGUGGGAUGAUGCAGCAGAAAUUAGAAUGUUGAUGGAAAAGAAUAAUAUCAUAAAGCAACCAGGGUAUAGUUGGGUAGAUUCUUCGAACUGAUGAUAAUAUCAGUGAUCAAAUGACCUGAUUAAUUGGAUUCAGUGGGGUAUUUUCCUUGCAAUGUAUUUCAGUUCCCUCUUAUCGAGAGAAUACAAAAUCAGCCUACAGGAUUCAGUAAAAUGGUUGUUUGUAUAACCUGGACUUGCAAGAGAGAAAAUUUAAAUGAAAAGGUAGAGCAAGAUCAACUUGAGUGUUUCAUCUGAUGUUGGUCAGAUUUAAACGUCUGUUCUGGCAGUUUUGUUUUGAUGAAUAUUCACAUAUGAGCUGGGGCAGAGCAGUUGUAGCAGUUUGGAUGGGGCAAACCCUGUGAAUAUGGAGUAUACAUGUUGCAGCUGCUGAUCUUUUAUAGCUUUCAGGCUUGCAACUGCUCUGCAUCACCAAUGUGUCACCUCUAUUGGAUCCCCCAAAAGGAAAGGGGAAAGACAAAGUUUUUGGCCUGGCUCAAUGCACAGAGGGGAUGUGAGCCACACAGACUGCUCGAGUUGGAUCCAUGAUGCAGCAAACCAGAUAUGGAAAAGCUGUCCAAAUUGUUGCAAGAAUAAGAGCUUAAUUGGGGAAGUUGAUACAUCUUGGGUGUUUUCUACUACAAUAUUAUAGAUGCUGUAACAGAUCCUGAAAACUUCCACAGAGAACUUGGAGCUCUGAUAGAUGAAAUUAGAGCAUGAGUUGUUGAGCCUAAGAAUGAAGGGUUUGAGAGAGGUGACACCAAGUUGUCUCCGUUUGUGACUCUUUAUGCAUUGGCACAGUGCACAAGCCACCAUUUUGGAUAUAUUGUGCUCAGUGUUUGGCCAUCACUGCUGGCAGUUUUGAAGAACAUUGCAAUGAUCGGAAGGGGUGCCAAGUUAUGUAUAGAAGUUGUUAUGUCCGAUACAAGCUCUAUCCUUUGUUCUUUCCACUUGUUUCAAACAAUACUGGGGUUGAUACUCUGAUGGCUAUAGUUUAUCCAAGAAUAUUUUAAGCCUA